AUGCGGAUCGUCAGACUAGCAUGCAUAAUCAUGGCCAGGGUCAGUACGUUAAGAUCCCUUCAGUUUGUGCUACUCCUGGCCGCUGCCCUGGCUGUGGUGGCAUUCUACUACUUUGGCUCAGAGAAUCAGAACUUCUCAAGCACUACCAGGAGGAUCAAGCUGUCUCAGGCAAACCACAAUGCCAACAGAAACAAUGCAGAUCUGACUUUAGAUACCAGGUUCUCCCAGCUUGAUGGAUCCGAGGAAAAAGAAACAGGAGAGAGCAAUGCUUUUCAAUCCAAAACACGUGGCGACGAGACUCAGGACCAACGCUACAAUAUUCUCAUGAUGUUCACAAAAGUGGACAAAAACCGUAGCCUCCAAGACAAGUUCAGAGUGGCCAUGUUAUCUAUGGUCAAGUAUGCACAGUUCCUGGAAGGAGAGGUCUUGGUGUUUCAUUUUGUGAGUGAUCCAGCCAGUAAAGAACUGGGAGAGAAGAUGCUUCAGGAAUUCCUCACAAAUGCAACGUUCAAGUAUGAGGUGUUGUUCCAUGACGUGGAAACUUUCACUCACAAGCUUUUCCCAAUUGUGGAAGCCUUGCAAAAACACUUCAGCGCUGGUUCCUGGGCUUAUUACAGUGAUGCCAUCUUCUUCCUGUCUGUAGCCAUGCAUCAUAUCUUGCCAGAAAAUUUGACGCGCAUUGUGCAGCUUGACCUGGAUCUGAAGUACAGGACCAACAUCAGGGACCUCUUUAAAGAAUUUAACCACUUUCCACCAGGAGCAGUACUUGGCAUCGCAAGGGAGAUGCAGCCUGUGUACAGACACACAUUCUGGCAAUACCGCAAGGAAAACCCUGAAACCAGAGUGGGUGACCCUCCGCCCGAGGGUCUCCCUGGCUUCAACAGCGGUGUGAUGCUGCUAGACCUCGCCGCGAUGAGGGCCUCAGCUCUCUACAACCAACUGCUGGAUACAAGAAAUGUGACCAAGCUAGCUGAUAAGUACAGCGUCAAGGGCCACCUCGGAGACCAGGACUUUUUCACCAUGAUCAGCAUGGAACACCCAGAACUGUUUUACUCCCUGGCCUGUGGUUGGAACCGGCAGUUGUGUACCUGGUGGAGGGACCAUGGCUACAGAGAUGUCUUUCAGUUGUAUUAUCGUUGUGAUGGACCUAUUUAUAUCUACCACGGGAACUGUAAUAGCCCCAUUCCAGAUGAUUAA